AUGUCGAGCGCAGCUCCGUUUGCACUGGUCGGUGGUAUUAAGACGGGCGUGUGCUUCUCCACAUACUGUUCUCCAGUCUUGCGCAAGUUCGAAGGAUUCAUCUAUGUGUACGACCGUCUCAACGGCUUACGUCUCACUAGUAGAGCAGGGAGGGCAGUGAUAGCGACCUCCAUGAGCCACGACCUCGACUCUAGCCCAAGUGCUGGACAGAGCGUACCCAUCAGCCUGUUUUACCCGGUGACCGGGGAGGGAUCGUCGUUGACAUAUGCUUAUAACAACGAUCCUUGA